ACUGGUGCAGAGCUAGGAGAGGAGUCCCAGUCUACUAUACCCUGUACAGUGACCCAGUCCAUAUAAACAUUACUGAGAGACCUGUAGCUGUUCUGACCCUCCAACCGAACUGGACCCAGAUAUUUAGAGGAGAGACUGUUACUAUGAGAUGUGACAUACAGGGAGGAGACACUGACUGGCGGUAUGAGUGGUAUAAGAAUGGUUAUUCAGUCUACCGGUACUCUAAUACAAAGUCUGAGUACAGAAUCAGUCCUGUCUACGUGUUUAUCAGUGGUUCAUAUACCUGUAAGGGUGUAAAGGGAAGGACGUUCUCCAAGACCAGUGAUGCUGUACAACUGACUGUGUCUGAUCAACCUAAGGCUGUUCUGAGUAUCUAUCCUCAGUGGCUGAACCCUGGAGACUCAGUGUCUCUGAGCUGUGAAGUUGACAAGACGUCUACAGGCUGGAGGUUCUCCUGGUACAGGACGGUUCCCACUUUAACAGAGCAGUCCUACUCUUUUCAGCAUCUUCCAGAAGCAGGCAAUGGGACUACUGAAGACUCCUACACUCUGAUCCCUGCUGGUCCUACUCCCACAGGAGGAUAUGUGUGUAGAGCUGGGAGAGGAGACCCAGUCUAUGACACACUCUACAGUGAACCUCAGAUUCUCUGGUCAGGAGAUCUGCAGCCUUCAGUGUCUCUCAGAAUAAGUCCCAACACAACACAACACUUUACAUCAAAGUCUCUCUCAUUGAGCUGUGAGGAGAAGGGGAACUCUACUGGAUGGAGACUGAUGAGCUACAGAGAGAGAGGAGUAGAGUCAGGGUGUGUCUCUAACUGGGGAUCAAUAACAGGGUCCACAUGUACCAUCAACUACACAUACACAUGGUCCAGUGGAGUGUUCUGGUGUGAGUCUGGAUCAGGAGAGUACAGUAAUGCUGUCAACAUCACAGUAAAUGAUGGUGAUGUGAUCCUGGAGAGCCCUGUCCAUCCCGUGACUGAAGGAGACUUUGUGACUCUGAGCUGUAAAUACCGGAAAGUCAGCUCAAACUUCAAAGCUGAUUUCUACAAAGAUGGAGUACUCAUCAAGAAUGAGACCACAGGAGAGAUGACCAUCCCUACAGUAUCCAAGUCAGAUGAAGGAUUCUAUAAGUGUAAAUCAGGUCAAGGAGAAUCACCAGAGAGCUGGGUGACAGUGAGAGUCGUAGCUCCUGGAUCCUCUACAUCAGUCCUAGUAGGAGUGGUUGUGGGUCUGGUUGUUGCUGGUGUUCUACUGGUCAUUCUCCUGGUCCUGCUGUGGAGAAAUCAAAACAACAAAGGUUCCUGUUUCAUCAGAAUAUUCUGGCCCCCUCAGCCCCAGAGCACCAACCAGGACCCCCAACAGGACCAAGGAUCUACCCAGGGCCAGGCUCCUGAUACUGGGUAUACACAUCUGCAGAAUGGUGACGCUAACAUCUACCAUACGAUCAAUCCCUCAGACAACAAUGAUAAUGAUGCUGCUGGUGCUUCUGCUGCUGGACCAAGUCAUGUGACUUACGCCCAGAUUCAACUGAACAAGUUGGACAAGAAAAAGAAAGUAAAGAGAGAUUAUCCAAAAGAAAAUCCUGUCUACUCUGAGGUGAAGACAGGGAAAGCCACUGCAGCCGCUGGACCUGUUGAUGUGACCUAUGCUGAGGUUGACCUCCAAAAGAAGGUCAAAGCCAAGAAGAAGAGAGCAACCCCACCAGUAGCAGAUUCAGUCUAUUCUCAAGUGAAGCCACACAAAGCCACAGGUCCUUGAGGGAGCUGGAGGGACACACCAUCAGAGGAGGAG